AUGGGCCUGAGAAAGGGGGAAGCGGAUAUCAAGCACAAAGUCCAUGAGAAAUACUACAGCGAUGCAACAGAAUCAGCUGACAUACAUAUCAUUGAGAACGUGACCGAGUAUAAUUUGCAGGCCUAUGUGACUCAACACUUUGGGAAUGUUGAGUGGGAUUGUCGAAUUGUGAAGAUUGACCCCAGAAUCUUCGGAUUUGGAUGUGCUCGUCCACGGAUCUAUGGGGUGAUCUGGAAUGUGGCCUACAUGGGGCCUUGGAAACCAGACUUUCCCUUCCUAGAGGUCUUGGGAGCUUUGCGAGAGAGCAACCUGCAUGACUAUGACGACCCCAAGAUGUUCUCAAAGAAGGGUUGGCAAGUUGCGGACUUGAACCAACUUGUCCGGAACGGGAGGGGGAGGACAGAGUGCAAGGAUCGAUCUUUGAUGACACUGACUACGAACUCUGGCAAGCUGUUUAGCAAGGCCUCAAGACGUGUCAUGCAACCACUGGAGCUCUUCGCGACCCAUGUCCUGCCUGUCACUCCCAGUCAAAGUGAGGCAGCGAUGGCGCCAAUGCUCCAGCUCGACAAUGCCUGCACCACCGCAUCUGUCCGCAUGAGCGGUAAUGCGAUGUCAGUUCCAUGCAUCGGUGCGGUGCUGGUUGCAACAAUCCUUGGACUCAGCUGA